GCAAAGAGGGAAGGUGGGGAGUUAACAGUAAAUCAUCUAAGAGAAUUAGACACACUUUUGGAGUGGAUUUGCCUUUGGAGUCUAUAAAAAGUCAGCAUCAAAAAUCAGCAGUUGAAGCAUUGACGCACAUUGGCGACUCACAACUGCCUAAACCUGUUUCCUGCCUGCAUCUCCUGUGACAAGUUGUGUCAGUUGCACAGUUGCUGAAGCCGGGCUCAGAUUCUUCAGUGGCUUUCAUGAUGGCUUCCAAUAUCACCACCACCUCCUCCACUGCCUCAUUCUCUGUGCCCAUCAGCGUCUCAGCUCAGGUCGGCAUCGCAAUCCUGACCCUGGCGUUUGUGCUGGGCUUCCCUGGGAACCUGUUUGUGGUUUGGUCUGUGUUUUGCAGAGUGAGGAAGAGAUCAGUGACUUGUUUAUUGGUGCUGAAUCUGGCCAUGGCGGAUGCUUUUGUGCUGCUCAGUGCUCCUCUUUUCUUGCGGUACCUGGCCGGCGGCCGGGGCUGGGAGUUUGGCUCAGCGGCAUGCAAGCUGGUGCAUUACCUGUCAAAUGUGAACAUGUACGUGUCCAUCUACCUCAUCUGCCUUAUGAGCAUGGACCGCUGGAUGGCUGUCACAAGGCCUUUUGUGUCUCAGAGAAUGCGAACCAAGCGUUCCCUGUUGUUCCUCCUGCUGGGAGUCUGGGUGAUUUCGUUCAUCCUGGCACUGCCGAUGCCCUUCUACCGCAGCAAUCUUAAGAAGACAUUUCCAAACAAUGUCACCCUGAGAUUUUGCGUCCCGUACCACUGGCGCAGCGUGGGUCACCAGGUAUUCCAGUACGUGUUUGAGACCGUCAUGGGCUGCCUGGCGCCCUUGUCCCUCAUCAUCUCCUGUUACUCCUCCGUCAUCUGUCGUCUGAGAAACGCCAAGUUCCACCGCAGAAGUCAAGGCAGCCGCUUGAUCCUGCUGAUCAUCAGUGCCUUUGCCGUAUUCUGGCUGCCCUAUCACAUCAUCAACAUCAUAGAGGUGAUUGGUCUGUUGGGCAGUGAAUCAGUGCGUACAGCUGCUCUUACAGCCCGUCCCAAUGUCACGGCCUUCGCCUACUUCAGCAGUGCCGUCAACCCCAUCCUCUAUGUGUUCGCCGGCAGCUCCCACAUUCGUCAGGCUGGCCUCAGUUUCAUGGGCAAACUGUUCGAGGCCACCAACUCGGAGAGCAGGAGCACGUCAACUACCCGCAGCGGCCGCACAGGCUCUUCACCAGAUGAGAGCUCUGUUCUGCAGACAAUGUCGGUCAAAUUGGGGAAGGCUUUUAAAGGCAAGAACAAGGAGAGCAGCAGCAGCAUGGCAGCGAGAGAUUCGGAAUUCAAUACUCUGGCAAGUGUUGAGCAGGUAGAAUAGUUCCAACUCAAACCAUUUUACUUGGACUACAUUUUACAAUAAAUUAUUUAAACUGUGUGAGUUCACUCAUAAUCUUGUAAUUUUGAGCUUUCACUUCCAUGAGCUUUAUCACAUUAGACAUUAAACUGAAAAAUCAGCAUACUGUCAACAAAAUCUCAAUAUCAUUGCUAGUUGAAGAAUCAAUUUAAGGAAAUAUCACUUGGUUACAACAAGAAAAACAGUCUCUUGGUUGUUUGCCAAACUUCUUUGAACUAUAUGUACUUUCUGCAUGUAUCUAUUUAAAGUUAUAAUCCUUAAGAUAUCAGUUGUGGUAAGUCAUUACUGCAGCAAACACUCCUUGAUCAGCUACUUUGUCAGAAAUACAACAGAGGAGAAGCUGGCAUAUCUGUUUACAGCGCAGCCAAACAAAGUUGCAUGUGGGUGGCCUGUCACCUGCAACGCUUCAUCUGACAGAUCACUGUGGCUGCUCCUUGUUGUUCCCUUAUUCCCUGCAAUAUUUGAAUGAUCAGCUGUCACAGCAUGUCAGAAAUGACCAUACGCCAGGUCCAAGUACAUGCCAAGUGUCCAUGGCAAAUAAGAUGCAAUGUUAUUGCUGAAAAAACAGGGUUUUAUCUCAUGAAUAGGGAUUAUAACUUUAAGUGUGUAUGUUACAAAGGGAAAUAUGUUUACUUCCUCACCAAAGCAUUGUUAGUCCAGAAAUGGACAAAAUCAUUAUCAUUUGUUUGUGUAUUUUAUAUGAUUGUUAUUAGCCUGAAACUUUAUAUACAUUAUCAUUUUAUCUAUGUAAAUUAUCAUAUGUAUUUCAGAUGUGUGGAAUUUAUUAUGGUUUUAAUACGUAGCUUACAACUUUUAUUUAAAUUCUAUGUAACUGCUGUAAAGUCUUAUGUUCAGGAACUCAUAAAUAUGCAUAUAAUGUAUGUGGUAAUUUGUACUCAAAAACAAAAAACAAUGUUUGUUAACUUAAUAAAACUCUUUUAAAGUUU